AUGUGGCUUCCUCAGCACCUGCUAAAGCUGUUGCUUUUCUUUUUGUUUUCUCUUUCCUACGACAGCGCAACGGCAGCUCCGGUUGCGGCUGAAGAUUUUGACACGGAGAACACAGCUCUUCCAGCGUCAGCCGCUGCCGUGGAAAACGAAGUUCCUGCAAGGACCACGACAAGUCUUCUUUCCGCCCUGCGAAUCACGCUGAAAAAAACUUGUGCACACCGGUUUAGACCGCAGCAGGGUUCGGUGGACGGGGCUCGAGAUCUCCUUGCGGUAAACGAGGAGCGACAGCAGAACGAGGCGAGAGACAGAAAGUCGGGCUCCAAUGAUGAUAAAAGCGCUGUCGCGGAUGGCCGAAACCCGUUGCACAUCCAGGUGGAGGCGAAGCUUUCAACCAGCAGUCGACCAAAAAAGAAUCACUCCUCCGGAGCUGAUAGUUUCAUCACGAUGAUGCGAGGACCGCUGACUCCUGAAGUGCUUACUUCACUUGAAAAAGAAGACUCUGUCCCAAGUCCGGCUGGCACCGACACCGCCUCCCAGAUGGACGAGGGGCUGCAGAGCGCGCCAACUGCAAGAUUUUCAGGCAGAGCGCAAAUACCAUCUUCGGCCCUUUCGCUUUCCUAUUGCGACGGGAGAGCAGAUUCUGGAGCACAAAGCGCUCCAGAUUGCGACGCAGGUACUUAAGUACGUCGACCAAGUUUGAAAUAGUUACACGAAACAAGUAGUUAAAAUUGACGUGUGCGCUGUGAGUGAGAUAUUCAUAUUCAUUCUUUCUCGCACACGAUGUUGAAGAACAACGUAUUUUGUGAACUCGAGAACUGUAAAACCUUGCUAUUACACAAUGUGUAAUAGCAAUGUUUUAGAGUUUUACUUUUUGUGUCCAAUAUGCAUGUGCUCACGACUUCGAACAACAACAACGCCAGGGCGCUGCUUUCCUUUCCUGCCUUCGUUUUCCACUUCUUGGCUCGGGCCAGCACUGCCUACGCUUUUUGGAGGACCGCAGGCUCGACAGGCCCGAACGAAAAAUCCCCUGGGUGAAGGUACCAUUAAGAGGGGUGGGCCAGCAGCAGUAGGCGGCGCCGCCGAACCAACGCAAGGUCGCUCGUCACGUCGACUGGAGAAUGUUGCAGCUGCAAAUAUAAGGGUUCCGACGCACCACACCGUGAAACGAGACGAGGAUCUACGAAGCAGUCUCGCCAGAGUGGAAGCUGGUCUCAUGCUGUCUGGAAGACCAGGAGGACUCCUCAAUGAGCAACAGGGUGCUUUAAGUUUUCUCUCGGCCCAGGACGUAGGAUCAUUUUUGCAGGCAAGCAAGCGGUACUCGCAGCAAGAUAUGUUCGGACCCGGUGUUGCAGCCGCUGCAAUCGCGCAGCAUACUCACGACAGGUCCAUCGAAAAUCGCACGGAGAGCUGUGAGGACCUCUUUCUGGAAGUUCUCCGCGAGAACGUAGGCACGAAAAUGCCGCGGGACUUCUGGAACACCGACGUCGAUCGGGGGCUUGACUACUUGAAAUACUUUCAGUUAGAAACUCAGAGAGAAUCUGGUGCUGCCGUCCACGCACCCGAUAGGCCGGCGGCAGAUACAGAGUGGAGCGUAACAUAUUUUUUUCAUUUGCUUUUUAUUUGAAAGAAUGUUUUUUGUGAUUGUGCCUGCUGCAUUCCUUCUCCCCGAGAGAUAUUUUCGCUGCAUAGCAAAAGCAGCACGAGGAGCAUCCGAGAGCACCGCUUUUCAGUAGAAAGUUUGAGGAAAACCGGCAAUACCAAUUCUUUUCUUUGGUCUGCUGCUUCUUUCGCAACUUCUUGGAAGUAGUAGUAGCAGUUUUAGUACUUCUAGAACACAAAAUACUAAAUACAGGUUUGGCUGCUGAUGAAGAUGGCGAUGGAAACCUGCAACCCAGGAAACGCGUACAAGCGAGGCGGAACAACAUCGUGGUGGAUGUACACCUCGAAGGUCCUUUCGAAAGGAUGUCACAAAAGCGACAGAAAUUUUUUUCGCGAGGUUUUAGAAUUUUUCCAGGAGGAUGCGCCGAUGGAAAACAAGUCUGGGACGCAGAGGCUCCGAGAACGUUGGGCAGGAACAUCGAAGUUGGUUCUUUGGAAUCCACCGAAGCUAUCAUCGGAAAACUGCAUUUUUGUCAUACUUGUUGAAAUUUCGCUGAUAGCUACGCAAGUAGUUAUUUGCACUUCGUGAUAUUUGUCUUCAGGAGUAAAGCUCCAACUACACCUGCAAGGUUGCAAAUCAUACCAUCUGCAUUUCAUACAAUGUGCCUCCAGCAAAACUACUUCCAGAUUAAGGGUGCACUUUCACGAUGAUUGCGCACACGUUCCUUCCCCGGGCAGCGCUCAACACCUUGGGCAGAUGAGCCGCCUCAGCCUGUUGACAUGUCGCUGAACCAGAACCGAAGUCCAGUCGUCGACCGCAGGUGUCGUCUUGCCAUGGCGACGGAAGUGCUCUUUCAGAAUCCCUCAAGCGUUUAUGGAUUGCAAUUUCCUGUGAAACUCGGUAUACUUGUCCGAUGUUUUGUAAACCGUCCUUUGUAAGUGCAUCGUGUGAAUGAAAGGCGUUUUUAUUUCUUUCACUGGAUGAUGAAAGAAUAAGAAGCUGAAGCUCCAAGUCCAAUUCCAAAAUGAUAGUUCCACUGUGGCACUAGAGAAAUCGCGCAUAUAAAUCCAAACACAACACAGGUUAUUGUCUCAAUCCGUGGAAUCUAGACGCAGCGCCACGCCGGCCCCACUCAGGCUUUUUCUUAACUGACCCAAUGAAAAUGGACUCGGAGUGGCAUCCGUAUUUUCGUAGGAUGUUUCGAAGAUUUGCCGACAGGUGGCGUAGUCGUUCCAAUGGUGUAAGCAAGCGGUGGUCUUACGACCAGUUUCAAUGGGAUUGGCGAAGUUUUCAUGGAAAACGCUUGAAGUACACGUGGUGGUACAAACAUCUAUUCAAAGAGGGACGCGACCCGCAAAUAUUGAACGAGAACCCGGCCGACUACCUUGUAGAAGUUCCCACAAAAGUGGCCACUGAAACUUGAGGUGAAGAGUAGCGGGUCUCAUGUAUAAUUCCAACACGAAGGACAACGAACAUCAAAGAGCACGGCCCGCCAUGGCGGAAACACAAAUAAAACAUAGUACAUCUACUAGAG